AUGAGCUACUAUGGCAGCUGCUAUGGAGGCCUGGGCUAUGGCUAUGGCUCUGGUUAUGGCUGUGGAUGUGGCUGCUUCCGUGGCUUAGGCUAUGGUUAUGGUGGCUAUGGCUCUGGUUAUGGCUGUGGAUGUGGCAGCUUCCGUGGCCUAGGCUAUGGCUAUGGUGGCUAUGGUUCUGGUUAUGGCUGUGGAUGUGGCAGCUUCCGUGGUCUAGGUUAUGGCUAUGGUGGCUAUGGCUAUGGCUGCUGCCGCCCUUCUUGCUGUGGAAGAUAUUCUUCCUGUAGCUUCUACUGA